AUGGAAACCCAGCUUGACACCGCUCUUUCGAAGCUCUUAGUGUACAAGACCGAGCCGGGCCCGACCGAUACCGACCACGUCUACAACUACGCAUACCACGAAGACCGCGAGUCCACGCUCAUUCCCGCCGAGAAGCUGGACCAGAUACACGACAAAUGGAAGAUCUCCAACGAGAUUCUCGAUCGGAAGACGAGGCUUAUCGACAAGGUCGGCCGCUUGCUCGCUCACAUGCGCAGAGUCGGCCUCACCCAGGUAGGAUCCAAUGCUCUGUGGAAGACCGUUACGACUCUGUACUCGCGGGAGGAGCUAUCACUCGGUGAACGGGAGUGCAAUCUCUUCCGCGAGGGCAUGAUGAGGUGCCGUCACUGGUCUCAUGAAGAAACAAAAGGGAGACCACCCCUUCCCGAUCCGUCGACACUGACUCCGGUGGACGAGGAGAUACGCACGAUCAUACGGGCCCUCUCAGAGGUGCUUCAGCAGAACAAGGAUGAGGUGGAUACAUUCUUCGAGACAGGCCAACCGAACAAGGUCCUUAUGAGGUCGGUGGACAGCCAAGGGAUGGAGGUUGCCUGGAUGGGAGUGCCGAGCGGCCCGGAAGCAUCGAGCAGUGAGCGCGAGGAUCGCAAGGGCGGGGAAGUUUGGCGUGACGGUAAGGAGCAAGAGUAG